AACAAUUACCGACGUGAGCAGUAUAUAUAUACACCCAAAUUCACGUUUUUAGGGCAUAAACGCAACGUAUUUCAUAGCUUCGUUCGAUCAGGACAGUAACUUACACGAUGGGAAAGAGGAAGUCAAGAGCAAAGCCUGCACCAAGGAAGCGAAUGGACAAACUCGACACUGUUUUUAGCUGCCCCUUCUGUAACCAUGGAACUAGUGUUGAAUGUCGUAUUGAUAUGAAGAACUUGAUUGGCGAAGCAUCUUGCAGAAUUUGCCAGGAGAACUUCAGCACUACUAUCACGGCUUUGACUGAGCCAAUAGACAUAUACAGCGAAUGGAUCGACGAAUGUGAACGUGUUAACACCGUCGAUGAUGAUGGGGCCCCUAUUGAAGACGAUGUUGAAUAGAAACCGGAUGCGAUGGCCUGGAGAAAUUUACUUCGCUUGGGUAUUUUGUAUCAUGUAUGGGUUAUAUAUUGUAAACCUGAGACCUAAUUACUGCCUGCUUGUAAGUUGAACUUAGAUUGGGAACAAUGUUAAAGAUUAAAUCUAAUGCUUAUGAAAAAUAAAGCACUUUGUAAA